GGUCUCUAUGACAGUUGGUUCGCCUACAUUAAUCCCUAGAAGCAGAAGAAGAAGAAUUCAUAAUGUUUGUGUUUCACUCUUACCUGUGAUUAGUUAAAUAGUACUUUCUCCUUUAUAUAUCUCUGUAUAUCCUUGGAUACUGAUACCUCAUAACCUCAAAUUAACUAACAAACGUUUGAUGUCGUUUAACUAAAUAUUUACACGAUGUCUUAUUUAUCACGAAGAGAAGUGGAUGAAUUGAAACCUUCCAUUGAUAAGGCAGUAUACAAAUUGUUAGGAACAAAUGAUUCCUCGGUUGUGAACACUGCGGUACACUGUUUAGACUCCGGAUAUGAUAAACGGAAAACUUCAGAUAAACUUGGUUCAUAUUUGGAUAGUAAAAAAGCAUCAAAACUUGCAGAAAAAUUAUUUGAUUUGGUGGAAGAUUAUAAAGCAGCACACAGAUCUAAGAAAAGAAGCUAUGAUGAGCCAAGAGACAGAGAUGUUAAGAGGCCGAAACCGUCUAGAUUUGAUGACAAAGACAGUAAAUAUGAUGAUAGAUCCAGGAGCAAACCUCCAGAUCCUGAGAAAAAGGAGGACGAUAGAAAAAUGUUUGCACCACCUCAUAAGAAAAAUGUAAAUAUUUCAAAUAUUAGUAUCCCCACACCUAGCAUUUAUGGCAUUCCCAUGGGGUUGUUGAACAGAGGUGAUGCUGAUAAGGCAAGGAAAAUAGCACAAUUGCAAGCCCAAAUUAAGAGUAAAUUGUCCUCAGGAAUUUUAGCUAAUGUUAUCCAAAUACCGGCUGUACCAACGAAACCUACACCUCUUAUAUUAGAUGAAGAUGGUAGAACUGUUGAUAGAUCUGGUAAAGCUGUGCAGUUAACCCAUGUAGUUCCCACUUUAAAAGCUAACAUUAGAGCUUUGAAGAGGGAGCAAUUUAAAACCCAACCAGAGAAAUCUGGUGAAGAUAACUCUGAAACUAGAUUUGUUGAUAAUAGGAUAGGAAUCAAGCCUGCAAUUAGAAAUAAAAGGGUUUUGAGGUUUCAUGAGCCUGGAAAAUUUCAACAACUGGCUGAGCGUCUUCGCAUGAAGGCACAACUAGAGAAACUUCAAAAUGAGAUCUCACAAAUUGCAAAGAAGACUGGCAUUUCUUCAGCUACAAAAUUGGCAUUGAUUGCAAAAUCAGAAGGCCAUAGUGAUGAAAUACCUCAGAUGGAAUGGUGGGAUUCUGUUAUUUUGGUGGAUAAUCUUGAUACCAUGAAGGAUGGACAAAUUCUUCUGAAGGAUACUGCUAUUAAUACCUUAGUAGAACAUCCAACACAAAUGAGAUGUCCAACUGAUCCAAUAAAACCAGUUUAUAUGCCAGUCUUUCUGACAAAGAAAGAGAGAAAGAAACUGCGACGGCAAAAUCGUCGGGAAAUGUGGAAAGAGGAACAGGAAAAGAUUCGUCUCGGUUUGGAACCACCACCAGAACCCAAAUUACGUAUCUCCAACCUAAUGAGAGCAUUGGGAACAGAAGCUGUCCAAGAUCCCACAAAAAUUGAAGCACAUGUCAGAGAACAGAUGGCAAAAAGACAGAAAGCACAUGAAGAAGCCAAUGCGGCAAGGCAAUUGACGGCGGAACAAAAACGCGAUAAAAAGAUUAAGAAAAUUAAGGAGGACACUACGCUGGGUACACAUGUCUCUGUAUACAGAAUUAGAGAUUUACAUGAUUUGGCUUCAAAGAAGUUCAAAGUUGAGACAAAUGCAAAGCAGUUGUUCAUGACUGGCUGUGUUAUGUUAUAUCCAGAUUGUUGUGUUGUGGUGGUGGAAGGAGGACCUAAGCAACAAAAGAAAUAUAGAAGAUUAAUGUUAAACAGAAUAAAAUGGGAAGAAGAUAUUGUGAAAGAUCCAGAUGGCAAGGAAGUGCCUAAUAAAUGUGUACUAGUUUGGGAAGGAACUACUAAGCAGAGGAACUUUGGGGAAGUAAAAUUUAAAGUUUGCCCAACAGAGAGAAUGGCCAGAGAACAUUUUAAGAAACACAAAGUAGAACAUUAUUGGGACUUGGCUUACAGUGGAGCAGUACUGGAACAAGCCAAUGAUACUGUUGAAUGACAUUUAUUCAAUUAUGAUUUGGAAUGGAUGUAGAUAAGACAGAUUUUUAUAAAUAAUAUUUACAAUAA